AUGAUGUCUUGUCUGGUACCAACACGUUUUACUUUGACCCUUAACACCGCGUGUCUUUUGACGAGCACCUGGGGGUUUGUUAGGGCCACAUCUGUAGUCUUACCUCCAAGUUUAAGUAAAGCAGGCCAUAAACAGUUUCUAACCAUUAUAUCUAUUAUUGCAACAAUCAUUAAUAACGCGGUUAACAUUUCUAAUUAUUAUAUCCAAAGAAACAAUAAGAUGAAUCUAGAAACCAAGAAAAAAUCAGACUUUAUUAGUAGACAUGUCACUUUGCCAGUUUCUUUAGUAUUAGAAUCUAUUGUUGCUACCGUUUAUUGGCCGCUUAGAUUGUUUUUUGUCAACUUAAUAAUGCAUGGAGUUGAAUCUACUGCAAAGACACCUUUUCCUAUGACAGUGGAUAUGGCAAUCCACUUAUAUCCUAUUUUAUAUUUACUAGCCGAUCACUACUUAUCGGGAUCUGGCACGAAAUUCAAAUUAUCGAAUAAGCAUGCAUGGCUCAUUGUAACCAGUUUAGCAUUUUCAUAUUUUCAAUAUUUAGCAUUCCUGAUAGAUGCGGGGCAAGGCCAAGCCUAUCCAUACCCGUUUCUAGACGUGAACGAGCCGUACAAGUCGAUUAUAUUUGUUGUUGUUGCUACUAUUACGUGGGCUUAUUAUGUAUUUUAUCAAAAGUUUCCGCCAAAAUACAUCAAGAAGUCGGCAAAGAAAGGUGAUAAGAAUUAG